GCUUCUCGGCUCUUCCAGCCAAGGCCAGGGAGGUGGGGCGUGGCUGUGGAACCCCUGCAUGUCCGGCGUGCCCCCGGGGGUUUCCUGGCGUCCUGGGCAGGCACUGUAUGUCCCUCAGGGACUCAGCCAGUCCCCGGCCAUCUCUGUCGCCGAGAGCACGUCCUCAGGUGGUGCCUGCCUCCCCAGGGCUUGUGUUCCUGCCUCUCUGCGGCCCGGAGGGUGGCGUGCGGCUGGCAGGCUCCUGAUGGCAGAGUCCGCCAAGGCCAUGGCGCCGAGAAUACUCCUGGCCCUCACCCUCUGGGUGGGCUGCUCACCCUGCUGUGGGAGAGAAGGGGCUGCCACCCAGCCUAGGGUACGGUGCUGGGCCUCUAGGUACCCGAUCGCUGUGGAUUGCUGCUGGACUCUGCCACCCGCUCCACACCCUACCAGGCCCACAUCCUUCAUUGCCACGUACAGGCUCGGCGUGGCUGCCCAGAGGGAGAGCUGGCCCUGCCUCCAGCCGACACCAGAGGCCACCACCUGCACCGUCCCAGACAUCCAGAUGUUUUCCAUUGUGCCCUACGUGCUCAACGUCACAGCCGUCCAUCCCUGGGGCGUCAGCAGCAGCUUUGUGCCCUUUGUCCCCGAGCACAUCAUCAAACCAGACCCUCCAGAAGGCGUGCGCCUGAGCCCUCUCCCUGGGCAGCGCCUGUGGGUGCAGUGGGAACCCCCCCAGUCCUGGCCCUUCCCAGAGAUCUUCUUGCUCAAGUACUGGCUUCGAUACAAGCGUCAUGGCUCUGCCCGCUUCCGCCUGGUGGGGCCCAUUGAAGCCACAUCUUUCAUCCUCAGGGCCGUGAGGCCCCACGCCAGGUACUGCAUCCAGGUGGCUGCUCAGGACUUCACCGACUACGGGGAAUCCAGUGACUGGAGUCUCCCCACCACUACCUCUGUGACCCUGGGCAAGUAGUGGGGGCUUCCCAACACCCUUGAAGAGGGUCUAGGUCCUUGCCAUCCACCCUCCACUGUCGCCCACUCAAGGGUGGAUGGGACCCGACUGGCCUGGGUUCACUGCUGCUGAGUUGCUGGGCAACCUUGGACAAGUGUGUCUGCCUCUCUGAGCCUUAGUCUCUCAAUCUGAAACGGGGAUGUACUUCCUUCUUUGGCUACUGUGCAGGGCUUUGUGAACUAUAAACAUGAGAUUUUUUUAUUGUUUAUAAAUGGAAUCAGGACCCCUCUUUCUUCGACAGACCCAGAUGGGUACAAGAGAGGAGGCUGGGAGGGAGGACAGAGGCAGAGACACACAUAGAAUCCCCUCUCUGUGGAGGGGGUCAAGCAGGACCAGAGGAAGAUACUAGGGUUGGGAGAGUUGGUGUGGGCCUACCUUGGAUGGGAGGGUGGAGUCCAUUCAGUUCAGCAGUUUGGUCCCCUGAAAAGGUACUCAGGUAUGAUUCCCACAGGGAAUGGACACAAAGAGGACAUGAAUUUGUCUGGGAAGAUUUUUUUGAGGAGGGAGCAAAGCAGCCAGGCCCUGAAGGUCAAAGAAAACCCAUGGGCUUGUCUGUGAAUGUCACUCAGAUCGCAACUCAAAAAGUCACCUCCUCCAAGAAGCCUUCCCUGACCACUUCAUCUGUGUCAGGCAGAAUAACAGCUCCUUAAAGAUCUCCAUAUCCUAAUCCUCAGAACAUGUGAAUAUGGUGCCUUACACAGCAAAAGGGAUUUUGCAGAUGUGAUUAAGAAUCAUAGGAGCCUUGAUUUAAGGACUAAGGAUAUUAUAAUUAAGUUAUAACAACAUCAAAGAGGAUUAUCCUGGAUUAUCUGGGUGGCCCCAACAUGAUCACAAGCGUCCUUAUGAGCAGGAGGCAGGAGAGUCACAGGGAGAGACAAGUACGAUGUGACUGUGGAUCAGAGGCCAUGAGCCAGGGAAUGUGGGCAGCCUCUAGAAGCUGGAAAGUCGAGGAAACUGAAGUCUUCCUGACCACACAUUUCAGACUUCUGACCUCCAAAAUUAUCAGAUAAUUAAAUAUAUGUUGUUCGAAAACAUUUAGCUUGUGGUCAUUUGUUACAGCAGCCCCAGGAAGCUCAUACACCAUCUAAAGUAGCCCCUUCUCAACACUUCCCAUAUGUUACCCUGUUUUAUUAUUUUCAGAUCACUUACCAGGACUCCGAAAGGGUCCUUUUUGGAUGUUUACGUUUGUCUCACCUAACAGUGAACCCUGUGAAGCCUGGAAUCUUGGUUUGUUCUCUGGCGUGUCCCCAGUGACUGAGCACGUAUCUGACACAUAACAAAAUUUAUAAAAUAAAGGGGGGUU